AAAUACCUGAUUUUGAUUGGUCCACUUCACCGGCAAGUCCCCGGAUGUGUCCACGAGUACGAGUAUAAAUCUCAAAAAUGGCUUUAUCGAGUGGUGUAUCGUUCACAGUCUCCAGUAUCCUAACAGUGAUUACAUUUGCUGGCAUGCAGGUGUACAGAAACCAGCUAGGAUCAACAGAGUUGCUCACCAUUCUUGGAGGCUUCCUUGGCAGUGGCCUUUUCAUACUUCUUCUCACUGCAGUAGGUAAUCUAGAAAGUACAUUAUUUGGAAGUGGAUUCCAAGCUAAACUUUUUCCUGAAGUUAUAUUCUGCCUAGCUGUUGCCUUGUUUGCAUCAGGGCUGGUACAUAGGGUCUGUGUGACAACAUGUUUUAUAUUCUCAAUGGUUGCCUUAUACUACAUCAACCGUAUCUCGCAGAACAUAUACGCUCCAGUUGUCAGUGCCACUCCAGUCAAGCAGAAGAAACGAUAGAACAAGAUCACCAUACAGAGCAAUGCAAAUACU